AUGACAAGGAAGAUCUUCACCAACACCAGGGAGCGAUGGAGGCAGCAAAACGUCAACAGUGCUUUUGCCAAGCUGAGGAAACUCAUUCCCACCCACCCUCCAGACAAAAAACUGAGCAAGAAUGAGACGCUCCGGUUAGCUAUGAGAUAUAUCAACUUCCUCCUCAAGGUCCUGGGAGAGCCAGGCCUGCAGCAGACGGCAGUGGCAGCACGGGGCAGCAUCCUGGGGUUCUUCCAGCAGCCCCACACUUGCAAAGCAUGGAGGAGCUGACUGAUUGAAAACUGUGGUGUCUCCUCUCCUGGUAUGAGCAGCAAUAUAGUAGAGUGUUGGUCAGAGACACCAUGUCCCUAG